AUGGCACAGAAGGCCAAGGCUCCGAGUUCUCCAGGAGAGGAGGUACCUUGCAAAAUCCAGAAGUGUGGAACGGCUGAAUUUACGCGAGAGAAGCAGGCAGAGACCGAUAAAAGCCCGGCAGUGGUCACGAGCGAAGCUCCGGAGGAGAGCACCGAAGUUCCGACCAGUGUGACGAGCGGCGCACAGGCUGCCUGCGACAUUCCAGAUGCAAGGUUGAUUGCAGAGGUCCAGUCCAUCCUGGCGAACGUGGACUUGCAGUCCAUGACGCUCGGCGCGCUCCGGGCGAGGCUGGAAGGGAACCUCGGUCUGACAGACGGGGCUCUCGCAGCCAGGCUGCGCGGGUGGCAAGUGGUGGAUCAGCACAGAGCCGCCCCAAACCUUGCGCUCUCGGCCCCGUGGGGCCAGAGCCGUGAGCUGGACGACGCAGCUGCGCGGAAGCUUCUGAACAGUGUGGACGUUUUUGUCUUCGACCUUGACGGCGUGAUCUGGAUCGGAGACAAGCUGGUAGAUGGCGUCCAACAGGCUUUGGCCGAUUUGCGCAAGUCGGGCAAGGUCGUUGUGUUUGCAACGAACAAUGCCAUGCGGACCCGAGCUGAUGUUGCUGGCCGAUUGAGGUUGCUGGGUGUGGACUGGGCUGAAGAACAGCACGUUUAUAACAGCGCAGCAGCGGUCGCGCAACUUCUGGAAAGACGUGGAGUCCCCAAAGAUCGGGACAUCUAUGUCGUUGGUGAGGCUGGGCUGCGGGACGAGGUAGAGGCGCUUGGCUACCGCACUCGGGGUGGACCCGAGGAUACAGGCAAGACCAAGGAAGACAUUGCUGAAGCAAUCAAUGAGCUAGGCGAAGGAAACAGUAGUGGUGCCGUUGUUUGUGGCCUGGAUCAGCACGUGAACUACUACAAGAUCGCCAUCGCGGCGCAUUUAGUUCGGCAUGGACUGCCCCUGUUUGCGUCCAACGAUGACCUUUUCGGGCAGCUGGGCCCCGGUUCCCAGCAGUGGCCCGGCGCCGGCUCCGUGGUUGCGGCCAUCGCCGCUGCUGCCGGGCGCACGGAGAGAGGGGCAGAUGCUGUUGCAGGCAAGCCCAGCAUGGAAUUCGCGCAGAUCAUCCGGGCAUCACUGGGCUCACCUCCAGCUCGGAGAAUGGUGAUGGUGGGCGACAGACUGGACACUGAUAUCGCCUUCGGAAACUUGGCAGGCAUGCGCACCCUCUUGGUGCUCUCUGGUGUGACCUCCAUUGAUGAAGUCCGCCACGCCAGUGGCAAGCUGAGACCGGAUUUUUUCGCCACCUCCGAGAUUCUUCGGCUUGAUGACUACCCUUUGCCAGCGCGGCAAAUGCUAAUUGAGAGCUUGCAUCAUUCCAUCUCCACAGAUGGUGACGCGACGUUGCAUCCGCAUCAGGUGCGCUUGCUCGGUAUAGUGCGGGAUGCACUUCUGGAUGGUAAAAGCAAGCUGGAGGCUGCCAAGGUCACCAUUGAGGCGUCUCUGCAAGAAGCGGAGAUGGACUUAGUAGCCCAGGACUCGGUGACCACAGCUGCUCUCGCCUCGGAAAUCUCCGCAUGCCAUUCGGCCGCUGCUGCAGAGGCAGCAGCCAAAGACACAGAAACUGAAGUGGCCGAGACAGAGCAGGAACUCGAGCGAAAGCGGGGCCUUGCCAAGGACGUUAUCCAGGAGACGGCGGCAUUGCAAAAGCGCCGUUUGAAGGCCUCGGACGCCGAAGCAUCACUGAAAUGCCUCGCCGAGGGCACUUGGGCCCGUGAGGAGGAGUGGUGGGAGUGCUUCGCUGCACUGCAGCAGCACCUCCUAGACACAGGCGCUGAAAAUUCCCUUCUGACUGCGGCGACCCUGGCACUCAAGAAGAAGCCGGACGAGCGGAGCAGCUUUCAUGUUGUCGCGGUCGAAGGAGUUGGCAAUUUCUUCCGCCAGCAGCUCGAAACGGCCGACCAAGAGCUGGUCCAGCAGUCGCGGUUGGAGAUGGAGGCAGAGGCGACAAUACUGGGCAUCGAGGCCCUGCUCACUGCGACGAGGCAGCGAGCGUGCCAGCGCCGCGAGGCGGCGGAUGCUGGUGCGGCUUCCAAGGAGUCCAUGCAGAGCGCGGCCCGCCAGGCAGAGAAAUGCCUGCAGGCCUCUAAAGAGGCGGUGGCGCAGAAGCAGCAAGAGCAGGUCGACCUGGAAGGACGGCUAACACCCAUCAAUGAGGCUCUGGAACUGGUGGGUGCGUGGAUGGCGGGAAACGCCCUUCCAAGCGCUGUGGAGGUCCCCCUUCCGCUGCAAAGCCCUGUGCCAGAGGAGGCCGAGGAUCCGCCUCAGGAAGCAGACAUCGCGCAAAAGGAGGAAGGCCAGAGCUCGCCAGUUGCCUCCACAAAACUGGCCCUGGACUUUGGUAUCAAAGACGACGGCACAGCAAUUCUCGGCAUCAACAGCCCCUUGCGUGUUCCAACUCCCAUGAAAGGGCGAAGCUGA